GAGAGAGAGAGGGAGAGAGAGCAGAGAGAGCUUGGAGCAAAAAUGACAGUAGCUUCAGUGAGAUCUCCGACAAUAGACCAAACGCCUAAAAAAUCAUCAUCAUCUUUUGGGAUCAUAAACAAAUUAUCAGCAAUUUUGUUGGUGGCUUUAGCAUCAUGGACAACGUAUCAAGCAAUUCAACCUCCGCCACCUAAGAUUUGUGGAUCACCAAAUGGCCCUCCAAUCACUGCAUCUCGAAUUAAGCUCAGAGAUGGAAGACACUUGGCUUACUUAGAAACUGGUGUCCCAAAAGAAAAUGCUAACCACAAGAUUAUCUUUGUUCAUGGUUUCUACUCAUGUCGAUACGAUCACCUUCCUAUAUCACCGCAAGUGCUUGAAGAACUGGGGAUAUACUUGGUAUCUUUCGACAGAGCAGGAUAUGGAGAAAGUGAUCCCGACACGAAGAAAACUGAGAAAAGCACACCCCUGGAUAUUGAAGAACUUGCUGAUCAGCUGCAGUUAGGAUCUAAAUUCUAUGUGAUUGGGUUUUCAAUGGGAGGAGAAGUUGUUUGGGGUUGCCUCAAAUAUAUUCCUCAUAGGCUUAAAGGUGCAGCGCUCCUCGGACCAGUUUCUAACUUCUGGUGGCCAAACUUUCCUGCCAAUGUAUCCAAAGCCGCCUGGAACCAGCAAACUCUUCAUGAUAAAUUGGCUGUCGGAGUUGCACAUUACGUCCCGUGGUUGACGUACUGGUGGAACACUAAGAAAUGGUUUUCCUCUUCAGGCGUAAUAGCUAUGCGUCCUGAACUUUUCUCUCCUGGUGACUUGAAGGUCAUGCACAAGUUCUCAGCUAGAGGGCACUACAUGGGGCAAAUACUGCAACAAGGAGAGUACCACUCACUCCACAGAGACAUGAUGGUCGGUUUUGGUAACUGGAAGUUUGAUCCGCUGGAGCUUGACGACCCAUUUCCUAAUGGUGACGGUUCGGUUCAUUUGUGGCAUGGUGCAGAGGACAGAAUAGUGCCGGUUCUCUCGUCCCAGUAUAUAGGCCAGAAGUUGCCUUGGGUUCAUUAUCAUGAGUUGCCAGAAUCUGGGCAUAUGUUUCUGCUUGAAGAUGGCAUGCCUGACGAAAUUGUCAAGUCUCUUUUGCUUGGAGAUCAGAAGCAGCAGCAGCAGCAGUAGUUGUGGUUGUUAUGUGCUUUGAGAUGAGAAAUAGGGAGUUUUUAGACUAAUGUUAUGAUGUUAGGAGGUAUAUUGUGUAGAAUCACAUAUUCUUAAGGACCUUAAUGCUAAUAUCCCUCUUACGUUGAGAGUUGUUAAAUUGCAGAGGUUAUUAUGUUCCCCGAAAGGGAAAAGAGAAAAAGAGAAUUCUCUGUGAUUUUUCACUCUGGUCUAAAGAAGAGGAAAAUAUUACAAGAACGAGUGAAUUUUUAUACUCUGUAAAGAA